CAUCCAUUGACGACGUCCUGAACCAGCUGAGGACGAGGUGCGCUUACUGGACGACGACAGCGCAACCUACUUGACUUUGAAGCUGAAAGUCUCGGUUGUCCGCCGUCUACGACUGUCGAGCCAACCAUACGUGUAUUGAGGAGGAGAGAGCGGUUAUGGCAAACGAGCAGCUGCGGUACUCGGGUGACGGUAAGAAUAUCGGCGACUGUUUAGGGCAAAAACAAUCUGGUGAAUAUCCUGCAGAAACCUAUUGUACUCGAUGCGACCGACAGUUCCGGUCCACAAAUGCGUUCAAGCAGCAUGUGGAGACAUCGUCUUACCAUCACUACUGCGAACCCUGCGGCAGAGACUUUGUGACGCCUGUGGGGUUGAUACAACACUUCGUGCAGAGCCCUCGUCACUUCUACUGUCAACGCUGCAAUGAGCACUUUGAUGCGAAAGAAGAGCGCAGCCUCCACAGACGGACAAAGCAUUACUAUUGCCCUCGGUGUGAUGCCAUCUUUGAGUUCGAGGUCGGCUUGCAUGAACAUAACCGCCAAAAACAUUUCUAUUGUGUAUCCUGCAAAAGAGUCUUCAACUCGCAAAGCAAUCUAGAUGCUCACAUGAAGUCGUCUCUGCACACCUCUCCGAUCAUUGAAUGCACAGCCCCUUCCUGCGGCAGGCUCUUCCUGAACCGCGGUGACCUUGCCAAGCAUUGGGAGGCCGGGACCUGCUCCUCUGGACUAGACCGCGCUGGUCUGAACGAGGCGAUAAUUGAAGCCGAUACCAGACGCAUGUUCACAGAUCCCGAUCGACUUCUCACGGGAUCCAGCGGACCCUCAGGACGCACGGCACGCGAGACACAGGCGACGAAGGCCGUGCGGGGCAAACACGCGUACAAGUGCACGCUUUGCAACAAGACCUUCAAGGCCAAACGCGGUCUCGAUGCACAUCUCAGCAGCCCUGCACAUGCCGAAAGGAUUUACCGCUGCCCUCCGCGCGCUGACGGGUGCGACUCCGAGUUCACGACACUCAGCGCGCUGAUGCAGCACGCCGAAAGCGGUCGCUGCGAGGUGUUUGCGGAGGAAAUGACGGACGCAUUUGAUAAGCUCAAGAGGCGGAUAGUCAACGGGCUGUAA